ACACACGAUCUUUGUUGAACUUCAUAUGACAAGCAACUCCAUAACGCUCCUAAAAAGCUGCCUUCCUGCACAGGUGGGCAGACAGGUGGAACGGGGACAAGUCUAAACCUGGUCUACUUUACUGACCCUGAGUUAACCUGCUAGCCAUGGAUGACCGCUCCUUACUGGGCAAAGUCAGCAGCUCUACAGAGUCUGUGGCCACCGUCACCAGUGAGGAGUUUGUUCUGGUCCAGUCCGGCUCUGCUGGGUCACCACAGGGCUCCGAGAGCAGACCGAGACUCAAGAUGUCUUCAAAUGGAAGUGAUCAGUUGGAAAAAGCCAUGGAGGAGGUGCUGGAUGAUGAUGAUGAUGAUGAAGAGGAGGAGGAGAAGCUAGAAAAAAGCUGCGUGGAAAAGAUGGAGAAGCAAGGGGAUGUAGAGCGCCAAGUCCCAGAGACCCAUCGUGAAGAAGUAUGUCCUGCACCACCCAGUCCCACUGCCAUAGAGGAGGACAGCGUCCAGUUCAACAAGCUUUCAUACCUGGGCUGCACUUGGGUCAAAGCCCCUCGCAAUGAGGCAGAAGCGCAGAGAGCAAUGGCCACCCUGCGAGCUGAGAGUGCCAUCCCCAUUCCCAUCACCCUGCAUGUCCCGUGUGGUCCAGAUGGCUCUGUCAGAAUUGUGGACCAGGCCUCAGGAACAGAGAUCGCCUCCUUCCCCCUCUACAAGGUGUUGUUCUGUGCUCGAGGACGAGACGGCUCCGUAGAAAGUGACUGUUUCUCUUUCACGGAGAGUUACCGAAGUUCUGAGGACUUCCAGAUCCACGUUUUCUCCUGCCACAUCAAGGAAGCUGUCAGCCGGAUCCUGUACAGUUUCUCUACAGCCUUCCGGCGUUCUGCACGGCCGGCCGACAUCAGAGAUGCAACGCUCUCCGGUCCAGCUGAUGGUGAUCUCUACACCUUCACUGUCUCACUGGAGAUUAGGGAAGAUGAUGGCAAAGGCAACUACAACCCCGUGCCAAAGGACAGAGAAAAGUUCUACUUCAAGCUGCGACAUGGCGUCCAGAAGAAGGUGGUGGUUUCCGUUCAACAAAUGUGCAACAAGGAGCUCGGGAUCGAGAGGUGUUUUGGGAUGCUUCUGAGUCCUGGACAGAAAGUCUGCAACAGUGACAUGCAUCUUCUUGACAUGGAAUCGAUGGGAAAGAGCUCAGAUGGAAAGGCUUAUGUCAUCACAGGAACGUGGAAUCCCAACAUGGGGGUUUUCCAGCCGCUAAACGAAGACACACCUAAAGAUAAGCAGGUCUACAUGACCGUGGCAGUGGACCUCGUAGUGACAGAAGUGGUGGAGCCUGUUCGCUUCCUGUUGGAAAGUCUCGCCAGGGUCUACCCAUCGAAUGAACGCUUCUGGUACUUCAGCCGAAAGACCUUCAGUGAGACUUUCUACCUCAAACUCAGACAGCAGAGCCCAGACCGUGUGGGUCAGAGCGAUGCUGUGUAUGAGGUGGUGAGUCUGCAGAGAGAGGCAGACAGAAAUAACAAAGGAAGCGAACAAGUCGUGUCACCCAAUGAAGAAGAGGAGGUUGAUGAAGAUAGUGACAGUGAAAUCUCCAGUGGGACUGGAGACGUUUCUAAAGAUUGUCCUGAGAAAAUUCUGGAGUCAUGGGGAGGGAUGCUCAACAGAUGGCAUGGAAACCUGUCCACUCGUCCAAAGGGUUUACCCUCAUUGGUUCGCAGUGGCAUUCCUGAACCACUCAGAGCCGAAGUCUGGCAGCUGCUGGCCGGUUGCCACGACAACCAUGACCUGCUUGAACAGUACCGCAUCCUCAUCACCAAGGACUCGCCACAGGAAAGUGUCAUCACUCGUGACAUCCACCGCACUUUUCCAGCACAUGACUACUUCAAGGACUCUGAUGGAGAUGGACAGGACUCUCUGUACAAGAUCUGCAAGGCCUACUCUGUCUACGAUGAAGAAAUUGGUUACUGUCAGGGUCAGUCGUUUCUUGCUGCAGUUCUUCUUCUACAUAUGCCCGAGGAGCAGGCCUUCUGUGUGUUGGUGAAAAUCAUGUAUGAUUAUGGCCUCCGAGCUCUCUACAGGAACAACUUUGAAGAUCUUCACUCUAAGUUCUACCAGCUGGAGAGGCUAAUGCAGGAGCAGCUUCCAGAUCUUUGGGCCCACUUCCAGGAGCUCAACCUGGAGGCACACAUGUAUGCCUCUCAGUGGUUCCUCACCCUCUUCACGGCCAAGUUCCCCCUCUGCAUGGUUUUCCACAUCACUGACUUGCUGCUCUGCGAGGGAAUGAACAUAAUCUUCAAUGUGGCCCUGGCCCUGCUCAAGACAUCCAAAGAAGACCUCUUGCAGGCAGACUUUGAGGGGGCUCUCAAGUUCUUCAGAGUCCAGCUUCCUAAGCGCUACAGAGCAGCAGAAAAUGCACGAAGACUUAUGGAGCAGGCCUGCAACAUUAAGGUUCCAACCAAGAAGCUGAAGAAGUUUGAGAAGGAAUAUCUGACACUGAGAGAGAGCCAGCUGCAACAAGAAGACCCCAUCGACCGAUACCAGAGGGAGAACCGCCGUCUUCAGGAGGCCAGCAUGAGACUGGAGCAGGAGAACGACGACUUGGCACAUGAACUGGUCACCAGUAAGAUAGCCCUCCGCAAUGACCUGGACCAGGCUGAAGACAAGGCAGAUGUCCUGAACAAAGAGCUGCUGAGCACCAAGCAACGCCUGGUGGAGACAGAGGAGGAGAAGAGACGGCACGAGGAGGAGACCGCUCAGCUGAAGGAGGUGUUCAGGAGGGAGCUGGAAAAAGCCGAGAUCGAGAUCAAGAAAACCACCGCAAUCAUAGCUGAAUACAAACAGAUCUGCUCCCAGCUGAGCACCAGGCUGGAAAAACAGCAGGCGGCAACAAAAGAAGAGCUGGACAUCGUCAGGAAUAAAGUUAUGGGGUGCGAGCGAUGUAAGGACUUGUUCGGCACCCUGGGGUCCCUACAGGCUUCCUCCCCCAGCAGUGACAGGACGUCCAACGAACCGCUGGACGAGGAGAAGGACGGACUGACGGAGCAGCUGAGACAGCUGGAACUGGAGCUCGCACAGACCAAACUCCAGCUGGUGGAGGCAAAGUGUCGAAUCCAGGAGCUCGAGCAUCAGCGGGGAGUCCUGAUGACUGAAAUCCAAGCCGCCAAGAACUCUUGGUUCAGCAAGACGCUGGGGUCUCUGAAGAAUUCAGCCUCCUCUUCCUCCAGCUCCUCGUCCCAUCCGCCGCCCUCUCCAAAGGACGGGCCUGCCUAGCAGAACCUCCCUCCCCCUUUUACCCCAGCAGGAUACGCACUAGUGCUGAACAACACAAGGCGAUGCAGCUAGCAGAGAAUAAAUGCAGUAUUCCUUUUCCAGGAAGUGGGAAAAUGAGACGGGAUACUGGAGCAGCCACCGUACUCCAGACUGGAACGUGUCCGUUGACGUGCUCUGCUUCACAGGUGAGCAGACAUUCUGCUCAGGUCUGAUGGUUUGAACUCCACUAGUCCUUCAGCCUCAACAUAAUUAGGAAAUCUGUUUUACUAGCUCCACCUUGUGGCCACUUGUUGCAAUUGCAGUGAGAAAAUCAUGUUUCCGGUCUAACAGCACAGAAAUGUCCCGGCACUCUGAGAAAGGAAUACUGCGUCCUGUAGUAAACGAAAGCAUCACAAAAGUUGCAGUUCUUUAUAGUAAUAUAACGUAAACAAUGUUGUUAUAUAAAUAUGUAUAACUAAUAAUUUUUUUUAAUUAUUUUGUACAGUUCUUUAA